AACAGGUUUUUGUCUCCAAGCAUACUUCAAUGAUCGAUUUCAUCGUCUUGGAACAGAUGACUCCAUUUGCUGUCAUCAUGCAGAAGCACCCUGGUUGGGUUGGACUCCUGCAGAGCACCAUAUUAGACAGCUUGGGAUGUAUCUGGUUCAAUCGUAGCGAGGCAAAGGAUCGUGAAACUGUAGCCAAAAAGUAAGUCCCCAUUACAUAAAA